CGUCGCCACGGCUUCAUUAUUGCAGUGGGAAUUUCACCUCAGCUUCCAACCCCUCCUCCCUCAGUUUACGCCACUGUAAACAACUGAUUCAUUACGUGAAUUUCUCGCCGGGGUAUUUUUGAAUUGCGGGCGGGAUUUUGUGGUCGGAUCGAUUCGUUUUCCGACGGUGUAUUUUGGGAGUUUUUUGGUUGCGAUUGGGGGGCUGAUUUUUGUGGUUUUGUUGUUCGGGAAUCAAUCGGCUUGGCUAUCCAAUGCGAGUUGGUUCUGGUUGAAUUUCUCAAAUUGCAGAGGGAGUUGGAGUGUUGGAACGCCUGAUUUUGGAGAUUUUCGCUCAGUUCAACGGAUAUGCGAAGGUUUCAAGAAGUGGGGCUAAGUACAUGAAGGAUGCGAAGCAUUUCAACUUUAGACAGUCUCUGAUUUCUGACGUUAUAUUUGCAGCUAUCAGAUACAAAAAUGAAUAGGGAAGAGUUGGGGCAUCUCAUGACUGUCAGGGCAAAACCUGCAGGUCUAGUUGUUACGAGAAGCAAUGGUCAUUGGGAUGAUGGGCAAUCUAAAAUGGAGCCGCACGUUGGUUUAGAGUUCGACUCUGCUGAAGAAGCGCAGGAGUUUUACAGCACUUAUGCAACGCAAGUGGGGUUCAAAAUUCGAAUUGGGCAGCUGUAUAGAUCCAGAGUUGACGGUUCUGUAAUUUCCCGGCGAUUUGUCUGUUCAAAAGAAGGGUUUCAGACGAAUUCAAGAACUGGCUGUCCAGCUUUCAUAAGAGUACAGAAAUCCGAGUCUGGGAAAUGGGUUUUAGCCAAUAUUAAAAAGGAACACAAUCACGAGUUUGAAUCCUCUGGAGAGAUUUGCCCACCUAGGGUACAGAGGAAAAGUUUUCCAACACCGAAACCAUCAUCGGGUGGGGCUAGUCGGACAGGAAUCAGAUCACACGAAGAUGAUAGCUUGGCUGGUGUUGUUGAUAUGAAACGCCUCAAAAAGGAAGAAAUGGAUGGAGUAGUUGGACCCGUAGGCGAACCUUAUAAAGGACUUGAGUUUAGUUCUGCCAAUGACGCAUACAAGUUUUACUACACGUACGCAGCCAGUACAGGGUUCAGAAUCAGGAUAGGGCAGUUGUUUCGUUCUAAACACGAUGGAUCAAUUACAUCUCGAAGAUUUGUGUGCUCCAAGGAAGGUCAUCAGCACCCUUCAAGGGUCGGCUGUGGAGCAUAUAUGAGAAUACAAAGACAAGAAUCAGGGAGAUGGGUGAUUGAUCGUCUUCAAAAGGAGCAUAAUCAUGAGUUUGAAGCAUCAAUCGAUCCUUGCAGAACUGUUCCUGAUUUGUCAAAAGUUUAUAGAGAGGAAGGGAGCAGUGUGCUGGAAAAUCUGGAUUUGGUCGAAACCAAUGGCGGCCUCAGCCUGGUCAAGCGAGUCCGUGAAAGUAAUAUUGGCGGUGAUUGGUACAACCUGCUGCUCGAGUACUUCCAAUCUAGGCAAGCUGAAGAUACAGGAUUCUUUUAUGGAGUGGAAAUGCGCGAUGGAAAAGGAAUGAACAUGUUUUGGGCCGACGCACGGUCGCGGUUUUCAUGCACUCAGUUUGGAGAUACCGUUGUAUUUGAUACAGCCUACAGGAGAGGCAGUUAUACCGUUCCGUUCGCUUCGUUUGUUGGGGUUAACCAUCACCGACAACCCGUACUUCUUGGUUGCGCUUUGGUGGCUGACGAAUCUGAAGAGUCGUUCACUUGGAUAUUUCAAACUUGGCUGCGGGCAAUGUCCGGGCACCACCCUGUGUCCAUAAUAGCUGAUCAAGACCAGGCCAUUCAGCAGUCGAUUGCUCAUGUUUUUCCGGGGUCGCACCAUCGCUUCUCCCCUUGGCAAAUUCUUGCAAAAGAACAGGAGAACUUGGGGGCGUUAUUCUCCAUGGAUGCGGAAUUCAAAUAUGAGUACGAGACUUGCAUUUUCCAGUGUCAGACGGCCAGCGAAUUCGAUUCAGCGUGGAAUAUGAUUAUGAACAAAUACAACCUGAGAGAGAAUGCGUGGUUUAAGGAGAUGCACAGAAUGCGCAAAAGUUGGGUUCCUUUGCACAUUAAAGGAACCUUCUUUGCCGGCAUUCCUGUCGAUGGAAGCUUGAAGUCGUAUUUCAAUCCGAUUUUAACUCCCCAAACGCCUCUCAAUGAAUUUAUCGUGCGAUACGAGAAAGCUCUGGAACAGCGCCGCGAAGAGGAGAGGAAGGAAGACUUCAACACGUACAACAUGCAGGCAGCUCUGCACACGAAGGAUCCGAUCGAAGAACAGUGCAGAAGGCUUUACACAAUAACAAUGUUCAAAGUUUUUCAGAAGGAGCUGUUGGAAUGCUACAGUUAUGUCGGGAUAAAGUUGAACGGAGAAGGAGCCAUUAGUAGGUACCUGGUGCAGAAAUGCGGAAACGGCGACGAGAGGAACACCAUAGCCUUUAACGCCUCGAAUCUGAACAUCAGCUGUAGCUGCAAAAUGUUCGAGUUCGAAGGCGUUCUCUGCAGGCAUGCCUUGAAAGUGUUCCAAAUAAUGAACAUACAGGAGCUCCCGUCUCGCUACAUCUUGCAUCGCUGGACCAGAAACGCCAAAUACGGCAUACUCAGAGACACGGAUUCCGCAGGCGGCGCCGGCCAAGACUUUAAGGCCUUAAUGAUGUGGAGUUUGAGAGAAGAAGCGCGGAAUUACAUCGAAGCUGGCGCAGCAUCUUUCGAAAGGUACAAGCUCGCCUUUGAGAUUAUGCAGGAGGGCAGAAGGAAUCUCUGCUGGCAAAACUAGUACCCGACCUAAAAAAUUGCACGAAGAGUGUACGUAACCGUUGCAUGAGGAAUCUCUGCUGGCAAAACUAGAAAGCGACCUCGAAAACUCACCAGGAGGUAAAUUUUCCUUUCGAAUUGUUAUCCUGAUUUUAAAUAUCUUUGCAUUGACUUUAUUUUGCUGGUUUUGGCCGUGUAAUUAAAUAGUGUACGUUAACCGUUGCCUGAGUCUUGCCCCUGAAUUGUAGUUGAUGUGGUAACUUUUUCAUUCGACUGUCUGUUUAAUAUGUCAAUCAAGCUGCCCCGCCUCUGAAAAUUUGUUAGUUUGCUAA